CACCGUCGAGGACGUGCUUUGUUUCAUAUCUCGGUCAACACCAGCUUCGCCCGCGUCGCUGCGCUGAUUCGAUACUUUCCGCGUCUCCUUAAUCAGGGGAAACUUUGCAUAAAACCAUGUCUUUCAGCGACUCGGAGAUCGAGCUGGUGAGCUCGCAGCUACAGCUAGACAACGACGGCAUUCCCGAGGAGCCCGACAUGCUGCUCUCAGACGACGCUGGCAACGACCAGACAUUCGCACCUCCCCCACGAAUCGCCGCACGCUUCUACAGAUACUCAAACAACCGCCGAAAGUCGUCCGCGACGUCAUCCCGCCGCAACUCGCUAUCCUCGACCCACUCCCACACAUCGAGCCGCUCCGCCAUCCGCAACAGCUGCCAGAGCCACCACAUCGCCCAGCACCUCCGCCGUGUAUCGAUUCUCGAGACCCGUAAAGCUCGAUUGGCUGACAGGGCUGCUCAUGCCGAACAAGUCCGUUUGCGCGCCGCGGCGGCAAAGGCUACACCGCGGGUGUCGAACAGUGAAGAGAAGGCGUUGGCUGCCAAGGAAGCCCGCGAACGGCACCUUGCACAAGUAGCCGCGUCGUGUGCCGAGGAGGUCCGCAGGGCGAAGAAGAUCGCAGAGGAUAUGAAAGAGCGCAAGGCCGCCGAAGAGCGCAGAUACCGCCUUGAGAUGGAGGAGAAACACGCAGAGGCAGAAAGGAGGCGGUUAGAAUACAAGCGCAGCCCUCGCAGGCCGCGGACUGCAAGCUCGCCCCCUGCUGACGUGAAGAACGCAGCCCAGCAGUCGCCAGCUCCCACUUCUGAGGAUGCUGCUAAGCGCAUCCAGUCUGCAUGGAGGGCGAGAACUAGGAAGAACAUCGUCGAUGAGUGGCUGGAAAUUGGGUUGUCGAUCGAGAAAAUCAGCAGCACGAGCUUCGAGGACAUUACUGCCAUGCUUGCAGACGAGAAGCUCCUGAAGAUGACAGAGAAGGUCAUGGAGCUAUUUGUGUUGCUGCCAGAUCCUGAUCCUGUCGCCCGCAGCACGGCUGUGAGAACAUUCCUUUCCUCAUAUCUCAUUCUGGGUCACCCAGCAAACGUCCUGAGCCGCGACGGCGACCAGGAGCAGGAUCUCAUUACCAAGGCCAAGGACCUGGUCCUCUCCUUCGAAUCAGCUCUGGGAAAGCUUACCACUUUCAACUACUACACACCUUCGCCGACCAGGACCGAAACAGUCUUGUUAGCUCAUAGCGCGUUCGUUACGGCCUUCAAUGACUGGAAGGCUCGUGACUCAUCUGCUCUUGUCGAGACGAUGGUCGCCUCCUUCGUCAGUCUCGAUGAGAUCUGGCAGAGCGUCAAGGACGCAACUGUCGAGGAAGUUGCGAAUGAGUACAGGACAGGCAUUCGAGACAACCAGGCUAUCUUGCUCAGCAGGAUCAAGAAGCUAGCGGGACCAGACAAGGCGUUGACAUUGAUUCGCAAGGCCAUCCGUGAAGGUCGCAGGUCGAGGCCCAAGAAGAGGCCUGCUGGAGAAACAGUCCGACCACGUGUCGCCGUGGAUGUCUCUGUUUCACCGGUCGAAGGCGAGAGUGCCGCCAUGCAAGCAGAGGCUGCUUCUGAGCUCGCAGCUUCAGGCCAAGCUGCGAUUGUUGGAUCCGCAACACAGGGUCAUCAAGCCCAAUCGCUUUCAAAGGUCUUUACUAUUGUGCCGGACAAUCGUGUGCUUGUGCACGAACUAUCUAUCGAUAAGGAGUACCGCAUCGACGCAUCGCCAACUGCGGACCUCAGAGAUGCUUUGAACCGUGAGCUUUGCGAUGCGAUGCGCAAGGGCUUCGAGGAUGGUGAUAGCGCGCAAUGGACAGCUGCCAUGGCAGAGAACAUUCGUGCAAAGCUGUUGCGCCUGUUGAAGGCAGGCAACUCGAUGCAUACCCUCAUCUCUGAGACUUUAGAUCCAAACCACAUCACCAAGCAAUGCAGUCAAGGCCUAUUCUCAUACGAGAAGUUCUUCGGCUUUAUUGCCAACAUCCUGCCCAAGCUCUGCGCUCCCUUCCGGGAUGCACAGGUCAAGAAGUUGACAGAUGAGUUGAAGGAGGAGGGCGAGCUUCCGGAGAUGGUGGAGAAGCUGUUCAAGCUCCUGCACGUGAUCGACCUCUUGUCGCUGGACUACUCGAACUUCCUUUUGAUGAACGCUGCGCCGACGUUGAUCAAGGAGGCCACUGGAUACGAGCAACGCAUGUUUGCGCAGGACUUAGAGGAGGGAAACAUUACUCUGGACCGCACGAGGCGCUGGUGGCGUAGUGCAGCUAUCAACAUGCACACCGAAGCAGAUCGCCGCGAUCCAUGGGCGCAACCAAACCCCACGAACCGUCCAACAGCACACAAGAUAUACGCUCGCGGUCUUAUCGACCUUGCGAUCUCUGUUCCUCCGCUGCGAGACUCCGAGCUUCCAGAGACGCUUGCGUUGGACCGUGAUCGUAUUUCUCGCAUCCGUGAAGACGCCCUGCGAAUUACCACUAUUGGCGGUAUCCUACUUACUGCCAAGAAUCUUCUCAAGCGAGAUGUGCGCUCGCAAUGGAAGCCUCAAGCAAAUCGCAUGUGGGAUGUUCUCAAAGACGGUUACAUGAAGGAUUCCACGACACCUGCAAAGAUAUCCUCCCUACUUGAGUCUUCGCACAACAUGCCGCCUUCCACUCGCGCACAGCUUUCCUCGACGGUCACUCGUCUCCUUACCCAGGCUGAAUCUGGUAAGCUGUCCGAUCCAGUCACGAAGGUCCUCUUCCAGCGCCUCAAGACGCACAUAUUCAACCGCGUCUCGGCUAGCAGCUCGGGCGAGCGUGUCAAGGCUGCUAGUACAGCCACUGAGGGGCUUGCAACGACUGGACUUGCAGAGUUUGUGCCUCAGGUUGCAGAUAUUUGCGAGCAAUUGAGCAAGGUUGGUGAGGUCGACCGCAAGGCUCAUGGGAAAUGGUACGAGGAGAUUGCUGAGCAGAUGGAGAACGAGCCGCUUGAAGGUGAGGAGUUGACGAGGAGCGAGAGUGGUAGAUCUGCUGCUUCCGGAUCAUCUGCGUAGAUGAUUGAGCGUUGUGUACAUCCUGGGUCAGUUUCCAUGGGUCUGGGCCCGGAUGUAUGGUGUUUGCAUCUCCACGUUUCUGUACACAGUCUGUUCAUUUUCCGGCUUAUGCCCCAUUCAU